GGUUAAUAUAAUUAUAUUGCAAACUCUUUGUACACUAUUACUCCAUUAUAAUAUUUUAUUUUUAUAAAACUCUCACAUGUUGCUUUGACCGUGUCUAGAUGAGAAGUCAUUGUCUUCACUGAAGAGAAGACAAUUAUUUGUUUUAAACAUUUAAAAUAAUUCCAAUAUUCGAAAUCUGUAACCUUACAUGUGUCAAGUGUUGCCAGCCAUUAUUUUCAUAUUCAAACUACAACAAUAUUUAUUUCAUAAAAGGCUCAACCUAAAGUAUCCAAUCUCCAGUAAAUGAAAACAAUUUAUUUCAGAAUCGACUAUUGACCAACGACCGAUUUUAGAUUAUAGAGACUAGCUCUAGUGAAGCCAUCGGCGGCCAUCUUGACGGCGCCAUGUUUUGACUUUUAAUUUUCAUGCGCUCGCGGAACUUAAUUCUAGUGCGUAUUACUUCAAGUGAUAAACUGUUUUAGGCAUGUGGACAUAGUAUUCAGUGAAAAACGAUAAAUAGCUCACAUAAUGGAAGAUGGUUAUAUGGAACAGCAGGACGUGUCGUUGAACGAAGUUAGCCGAAGCGACGCACCCGAAGCAGAGGCUGGGAAGGACUUCGCCGAAUACACUGGUUAUGAAGAAGGUUACGAAGAGGAAGACGGCGGUAACAACUUUCGCGGUAAUCGGGGCCGUGGGAGCUUCAGAAGCCGUGGUCGCGGCCCCCCGCCUGGUUGGAUGAACGGUCCGCCGCCGCCUAUGCGAUUUCGUGGACGCGGCUACGGACCCACAGGACCUCCAAUGCGCGGACGAGGCUUCUUCAGAGGACGGGGCGGACCCCGUUUCGGACCCAAUGGACCGAAUUUCGACAACAAUUGGGGACCGAUGGGUCCCCCGCCUCCCAACAUGAUGUGUCCGCCGCCCUUCGGCCCCCCUCCCGGCAUGAUGCCUCCCGGGGGGCCGAUGGGUCCCCCUCCUAAUAUGAUGAAUCAGCCCCCAUAUGGAGGACCACCUGGUAUGCCGCCCCCUGGUAUGAACCCUGAAGUAUGGGUGGAAACGAAGACAGAUGAAGGCAAAUCAUACUAUUACCAUGCUCGGUCCCGGGAAACUACAUGGACCAGGCCAGUGGAGGGACCGAACUGCAAGGUCAUCACACACGGUGAGAUGGAGAUACUGGUAGCUUCAGGACAAAUCCCCCAAAUAUCGGCACAAGGGGUCGGCAUGAACGGUCCCAUGGGCCAGGCGCCGCUCGUGAUGCCCAACGGCAUGAUGCUGCCCGGCGCGCAGCACCAGUACAUGGGGCCGCCGCCCUGGGGGAAGGACGAUAAAGACAAAGCCUCUGAGUCUGUAGUGAGCAGUAUGACUGAUAACGAUGAAAUGCCACCGGGAGAAGCAGUCCCUGGACAGCAGCAAACCAAUGGUUACAACGCAUACCAGCAGGGAGAGUCAUACGGGCCCCCGGGCUGGCCGGCCUGGGGCUGGCCUCCCGCCGUGAACAACCCCAGCAACCCCGAAGCGGCCCCGGGCGCGUGGCCUAGCAGCGGCGCCGCGCCGCAGUGCGAGCCCGCAGAGCAGCCCCGGGCGCCGCCCACCGUGCCCAUGCCCAAGAAGGAAACCGUGAUCUCGCCCAAGCUGCUGGAGCUGGCGGCGGAGUGGACGAGCCACAAGGCGCCGGACGGCCGCCCCUACUACUACAACGCCAGCAAGCAGGAGAGCGUCUGGGAGAAGCCCGCAGUGCUCAAGGAACUCGACGAUAUAAAAUCCUUGAUAGCCGCCGAGAAGGGCGAGAAAUAUCCUAAUAUAGAAAUAGAUCCCAGCAAAAUAGUGGUCAUCGACGUUGAAGAGGACGAGGAACCGCAGAGCAACACCGAUGCGGAGAAGGAAGCCGCCGCCGCCGAGAAGGAGAAGCAGAAAGAGGAGAAGGAAAAGGCGGAGAAGGAGCGACUCGAGAAGGAAAAGGCGGACAAGGAGAAGACCGAGAAGGAAGCUGCCGAGAAGGAGAAGGCGAAGCACGGCAGGAGACCCAUCUCUACCACGCCCAUCGUAGGAACGCCUUGGUGCGUCGUGUGGACGGACGACGGGCGCGUGUUCUUCCACAACCCCACCGAGCUCACGUCCGUGUGGGACCGCCCCGAGCUGCUCAUCGGCCGCCCCGACGUGGACCGCGCCGUCACCAACCCGCCCGCCGCCGUGCUCGACCUGCUGCGCAUCACGUCCACCGUGGGCGGCAAGGAGUCGGAGCCCGGCGUGUCCAGCACCACGCCCUCCGUCACCAGCACCGCCGACACCAAGCGCCCGGCCGACGCCGACGCGGACGCCGCCGCCGCCGCCGCCACCGCCGCCAAGAAACCAAAGAUUGAAGAAAAGCUGGAGGAGGUGAGCCCGGCGGAGGCGGAGGCGCGGGCGGCGCGCGUGCGCGUGGCGGUGCCGCACGAGCAGCGCGUGGCGUCGUUCCGCGCCAUGCUGCGCGAGAAGAACGUCUCCGCCUUCAGCACCUGGGACAAGGAGCUGCACAAGAUCGUCUUCGAGCCGCGCUACCUCGUGCUCAACUGCAAGGAGCGGCGCCAGAUAUUUAAUCAGUACGUGACAGAACGCGCCGAGGAAGAGAGGAAGGAGAAGAAAAACCGAUUGCUAGCAAAGAAGGCGAACUUCAAGCAACUCUUGGACGAAGCCAAGCUUCAUACAAAGUCCUCGUUCCUGGACUUCUCCUCCAAGCACGGCCGAGACGAGCGGUUCAAGGCGAUAGAGAAGCCGCGGGACAGGGAGGUAUACUUCAACGAGUACCUCGCCGAGAUCAGGAAGAGGGACAAGGAGGAGAAGGAGCGGAAGAGAGAACAGGCUAAACUGGAAUUCAUAGCGCUGCUCAAAGAGAAGUCGGUGGACCGCCACGCCAGGUGGGUCGAUGUCAAGAAGAAGCUGGACUCGGAGGCGCGGUACAAGGCCGUGGAGACCAGCGGCCUGCGCGAGGACUACUUCCGGGAGUACUGCAAGCUCGUCAAGGAGGAGAGGAAGAAAGAAAAGGACGGGAAAGACAAGGGUGUUAGUAAGAAAGAGAAAAAAGACAAAGAACGCGAUAAGGAGAAGAAGAAGAAAGAGAAGGGAGAGAAACAAUCGGACCAGUCCAACGAGGAGGAGAACAAGCAGCCCACCCCGCCCCCCGACCAGUGGGCCGACAUCCUCGGCAUCCCCCGGGAUGGCGAUAAGGGCAAGUCGGCGCGGGGCAAAAAGCCGCCCCCCGCCAAGCCGGAGUCUCCGCCCAGCUCGCCCGACGAGCAGCUCUGUCCCCCCAAGCAACUCCGCUCCGCCAAGAAGGACCAGCCGCCGCCCGCGGACAAGUCCUCGCCCAAGAAACGCAAGACGGACGAGUUCAAGUCGCCCGAACCGGACAAGAAAGUGGAGAAGAAGAAGGGAGAUAAAACCGAGAAGAAAAAGAGGAAGAAGAGUGAGAAAGAUUAGUGUUUGUUGUACGUCUUUUGUAAACGGUAAUCGAAGCUGUUGGCGCGGGCCGGUGCCGGAACGAGCCGUCGCGCGGACGGUCACCACUUACCGUCGGACGUGCCGGCCGCGGUGCAGCGCUAACGUAUCGUAUUGUAAAUACUAUAUAUAUAUAUAUAUACAUACAUUGUGUAACGACCUAGUUAUUAUAUUGAUUCGAUUGUUUGAUGGUGUCGCUUACCGCGUCAAGAGUCGUACGUACAAACAUUUAAGGACAUUAUAGAAAUUAUAUAAGUUUAAUGAAAUAGGUUUUGUGUGUUGCUUUUGUAAUAAUAUAAAUAUUAGUGCGCCCCUACUGUUAGUCGUGACGUCACGCCGCGCGCUCCCCAAGGGGGGGGGACAGCUGGCCCCCUGUCGGUCCCAGUGAUGCAGUCGCCUCUGUCAGUGCCCCUUCUGCUACAGCGUCAAGUCUUUAGCACGUGGAAUUCCCCUCAAGGUUUCCAACUGUGUCCAAAGUUCUUCACUAAACACUUCAGCUAUACCACACCGCGUACGCGCAGACGUUCUCAUUCCUCAUUUGCUUAGAUUACGCAUUACAGUGCUUCCCAAAGUUGUCGAGUUGACACCCCCAUCCCCCCUAUUGAGUUACCUAUAAUAGCACAAGCUCUUAACCGCCUGACGCAGAGCGAUCACCGGAGUCGGUGAACCUCAUGACCGACGAUGAGGCAGGAGUUCACAGGCUCCGUUAUAUUGUUUUUUUUUCUUCCUACCUAUGCUGAUAGCCUUGAGAGGCUAUUUCAGCUUCACUCUAACGUGUAGGUGAGCUCACGGGGCUCAAACCGAAGUGUUGCUAACACUGGCCCUAGCAAGAGCCGUGCUUCGCAGAAUCUACCAACGGAUCGGAAACGCGACCCACUGAGAAGAUCCGGCGAGAAACUCAGAGGGCAAAAUAUAUGACGUUACGUUAUCACAGAUCACAUCUGGUGGUUUUCUCUUCCAUUUUGAAUCGGAUAUAUUAUUUAUUUCUUUGACAAAGGAAGGUUACAUAUUAUUAUCUGUUGUUUAGUUUUUGUAUUAAUAUUAAUAUUACAUUCUUAGAUGUAAAAUGAUUGACCUCUGAUUUGCAAUAGCUUCCAUUUUUUGUACUGAGAAUUUGCAUUAUAACCCUUUCCCUGCCCCCCUGCGUUACACAGGGGACCACGGCGGAGUGCGUCCCCCCGACACGACCGUCGUCACUAAACAGUACUCCUAUGAUGUAGCUGAUAUCAAUUAUUAUUAGCAAUGUAAAACUAAAUAUUUAAUUAUAUCUUACAUUAUAAGAAAGGUCAAAUCAGAAUGAGUUUGAUUAAAAAAUUUUAAAGUUGAAACUGUAAAAAUGUUUUAAAUGAUGUAAAAAAAAACAUUAAUGUUACGGACAGUGAUUUGUAAGUGGAGUGAGUGGACCGCACCGAACCCGAUUAUAUAUUUAAUUGUAGGGUGGUUUUAAUUAAGAGUUAAUGUUAUUAGUAAGUCGACGAGUGAUUAGGUGAUGUCCGUGGUCGGCUUCGUUCCGAUUGAGACCGAGGGCAGCUCCGCAUCGGUCUUAAUAAUCGAAACUAACUAACUUUACUGGUGGUAGGACCUCUUGUGAGUCCGCGCGGGUAGGUACCACCACCCCGCCUAUUUCUGCCGUGAAGCAGUAAAGCGUUUCGGUUUGAAGAGUGGGGCAGCCGAUGUAACUAUACUGGGAUCUUAGAACUUAUAUCUCAAGGUGGGUGGCGCAUUUACGUUGUAGAUGUCUAUGGGCUCCAGUAACCACUUAACACUAGGUGGGCUGUGAGCUCGUCCACCCAUCUAACCAAUAAAAAAUAAAAAACUUACUAUAGUGUAAGUCAUGUCCCCUGAUAUCCGCAUGGAUCGUGGAUGUUUCGAAUGGACGUAAAUGCAAUAACUGGGGAACUGUACUCCUCGAAGAUAAAUAGUUUUGGGAAGGCGGCUCGUAUCUUGCUCCCUCGUGAGCUUCGAGGGCAGACUGUCGUGCUCACUGACGCUCACGGCCGUCAGCGAUUUUCGUUACAUAUAAAGUUGUUAUUGUAAAAAAAAAGUACUCCUAGAUUGACGGAUUUGUUUGACAAAAAUGUAUUAAUGUGAUUUAAAAUCUUGAAUUAAUGAAACACGAUCUGUUCCUAUUGCCCCCGGGGUCGGACCAGACCGUUACAAUAUGUUCAUUAGAGCUGGCGAGAGUACGGCGACCUCUUCUGUCUCUGUCUAGCCUCUAAGUGUGAAAGAGACGGAGGGAUCGCUUUUGACGACUUGGAUCUAGCUUACUAUAAUAUAAGUGUUUUGGGAAUGUACGUACGUAUGUUUUUGUAAAUGUAAAUAAACAAUGUUUAGGUGUCCAAAAAUAAUUAAAAACACUAUUUUGUCUCUGAUGAAAUGCGAAUAAAUACAAAUGUAUUUCU